CUUUUAAAUCUAGGCUCUCUAGCGGCACUUGGUGUCAUUGUUGCUUGUGUCACUUAUCCGCUAUGAUACAAACAAACGCUUCAGAAACUACUAGUAUGACUUGUACUAUUCGAGCCUGUUGGUGGAUUUUCAACAAUUAUAAAGAGUAGAUACAUAGGGGACGACACAGACGGUACAAUCUUUCAAACCUUAAUUUCAUCAAUUUUAGGAUUUCGACAGCGACGGAGCGCCAACGGUAUCACCACAUGGCCGCUCUUGAAGUUGUGUGUGGAGCUAUGUUGAGUUGAUUGAGCGCCUUUACUCAAACCAGCCGAAACCGCGAUGAAAAUCCCGGAGCGCGUGGAAAAUGGCCUGGACAUGGACCCGGACGGGCAGGUGGCCGUCGAGGGGGCUGUUCGGACGGUGGCCUUCUGUCCCUGCAAGUGGAACUCGUCCCUGCUCGCCGUGGGCUCCAGCGACCGAGUGACCGUCUUCAGCCUCAAGUUCCCGGACGAGGGCUCGGACCAGGGGGAGCUGGCGGUGGAGGUGGUGCGGCGUUUUGCACACAAGGAGCCUGUCUGCUCCGUCGCCUGGAGCCCCAACAUGUCGCUGGUGCUCAGCCCGGUCUGCAUGAGGUUUGCGACAGCAAGCUCGGAUGGAAAAGUGCGCAUCUUCUGCUCCAACCUUCAGGAAACAGACGACAUGAGCGUGCUGGACGGCCACCGGGGCCCCGUGAACGCGGUGGCGUGGGAGCCGCACUCGGGGGAGGCGGUGGCGAGCGUGGGGGACGACAACGCCUGCCGGGUCUGGGGUCUGGACGGGGAGCAGCGGGCUCGCCUCGUCCUCCGUUCCCCCGGCACCGCCGUGGCCUGGCAUCCCGACGAGGCUGGAAAGCUGCUGGUGGCAGAGAAGCGUGGGAGCCUGCGGCUGUACAACGCCCUGAGCUGGCAGCCCCUCAUGUCCCUGGACACAGGCCCACAGGGGGCACCGCUGCUGUCCGCCGACUGGUCUGUCUGCAACAGCCUGUUGCUCGGGGCCGUCGCAGGCCCUUCCUGGUUCCUCUGGGAGACUGCCCGCUCCAGCCGGCCCCUGGAGCAGAAGGCCGCUUACCCCGGUGGAGGGACGGACUUCCGCUUCUCGCACGUCCACGAGGCCCUGUGCGCCACCCGGGGCUUCCCGGGCAACCAGGUGCGGGUGCUCAACCUCCGGACGGCUCAGGUGCUGCUCACCAGAGACCAGCCUGUGGGGUGCGGUCUCAGCUGGCACCACAAGCUCCCCAUCGUGGCCUACGGCGGAGACGGAAGGGUCCGCCUCUUCAGGGUCACUUCCUCCUGAGGGGACGACUUCGGGGCUGGCCGCAAUAAAGACGCCUCUUGGGGUUGUCCUGCGGGA